GCAAUCAUUUCCACACUGAAAGAUAAGAUGCAGAGGGGCAACCUCUCAAUGGGAUCUGAAUUUGUUCUUGUAGGCCUUUCUGAUGCUCCAGAAGUCCGUUUUCUUCUCCUUGUGUUGUUUUUGAUCAUUUAUUUGGCCACUGUGGCAGGCAACAUCUCAAUCCUUGUUGCUAUUAGCACAAACACUCAUCUGCACAACCCCAUGUACUUCUUCCUUGGCAACUUAUCCUUACUGGAUAUCUUAUGUCCCACUAUCAUUGUGCCAAAGAUGCUGGAGGCCUUGUUGCUAGAGAACAAGGUGAUUUCAUUCCAUGGCUGCAUGUUCCAGCUGUUCUUCCUUAUUGAUGUCAUAGGCACGGAGAUUUUCCUCUUGGCUGUGAUGGCAUAUGACCGUUACGUUGCAAUAUGCCAUCCGCUGCAGUACAUGAAUAUCAUGAGCAUGAAGCUGUGUGCUCACCUCGCCACUGGCACCUGGGUAGCAGGGUUGUUAAACUCCCUGUUACACACAUCUUUGAUUUUUACACUCUCUUUUUGUGCUUCUAAUGAAGUUGACCAAUAUUACUGUGAUAUCCCUCCCAUGCUGGCCCUCUCCUGCUCCUCUACUUACAGUAGGGAACUGGUAAUUCUCACAGUUGCUGGGGCCGUUGGGGGCAGCGCCUUUGUGGUCACUCUGAUCUCUUAUAUCUACAUCCUCUCAGCUAUCCUAUGCAUGAACUCUUCUGAGAGCAGGCACAAAGCUUUCUCCACCUGUGGGUCUCACUUGACAGCAGUUUGCCUUUUCUACGGGGCCACCAUUUGCACAUAUGCACGGCCUUCCUCUGCCUACUUGCCUAAGCAGGACAGGAUAGUUUCUAUGCUCUAUGGAAUCCUCACUCCCCUGCUAAACCCCAUAAUCUACAGUCUGAGGAACAAAGAAGUGAAAUGUGCCCUGAGAAGAGUGAUCAGCCAGGUAAGAACUGUUUUAAUAAGACAAGAACAUCAUUCUCUGUCUCUGGCACCCUCUGGAGCCCCACCAGCUGGAUAUGAACUUUGA